UGACAUCUUUUUCGAUGAAACAGCACACAUCAGCCGAGCGCUACAUCGAGAUCGCUCGUGGGGGUCCCCAGCGAGCAUGUCUGCGCGAUUGAACGCUCGUGCCAAGAAGCGCAAAGUCGCGCUUGACAACACCCAAGCCCAGGGGAAAGGUCGGCGGCACAUCCCGAAGGCGAAGAGGCUACGUUUGGAUGAUGCGUCAGCAAGCGUGCCACGUCGUGGUGCGCGAGGUUGGGGGCAGGCCGCGGAAGAGGUCAACGAUGAUGAUUUCAUGACGGAGGACGAUCAAGGCGAGGCGACGGCGUCUGCAGGACGGGAGAGUGCCAGCCAGUGUACUCCGGAUCAGAGCGCUUCGAGGAGGAUGUCAACCCCUCCGCAGGAGGCGCAGCAGCUCCGUAUCCGCGAAACGUGGAAAGAGAAGGAUGUCAACCCCUCCGCAGGCGGCGAAGACGACGAGCCUUUGGAAAAACGUCGCCUGCGCAGUGCGACACAAGCGACCACAACGGCGGUGUCGACGGCUCGCGCUGCGGAGGACGAAAGGCCGAUCACAGGUGCACUGCCCUGCAGGCCGUCUCAGCCGCGUCAGCGCAACGAGGGUGGUGACGGUGCGUCUCGCCAACGAGGUGGUGGGGGGGUAAUCGUGGCAGACGCGCGUGCAGCAGGGGGCGAGGCGGCAGGUGGCGUGGGUGUGGCUGUUGCAUGUGUUGUCCCUCCCGUUCCGGCGGCGAGAGAGGAGGCUGCAGUUCCGGCGACGGUGAGAGAGGAGGCUCGUGGACAGAACACGAACCAACGGGAUGGCGGCGAGGCCGCUUCAAGCCGAGCACGCACGCGAGGCCGCUUCAUGACGGAAGACCUUAUCGACCGUGCACUUCUUUGGGCGGAUGACAAAUGUUUCUGGACGACGGGUGAAGGACGCAUACUUUACAACAUCGUCCACGAAACCAAAGAGUACUUCGUCGCCAUCGCCAGCGGCCUUCCGCCACCUAAACUUCCGCGGAGCGUUGUCGUCCCCAAAUCCAACACGAGGGUGGCGAGGAUCGCAGACCAAUCACAACUCCAGCAAGCGAUUUCCCGUGCGGCGGCGGUGAAGAAUAUAGCUCUGCGCAUCUUGCACGGCUGGGUUUUCAAGUCCGGGAACCGCCCAAGGGGGUACCACCUUGCUUUCCAGUACUCGUUGGAGUCCGUAGCGACGGACAUUGCGCGUGCAAUGUGGUAUGGCGAGGAGUGGCGCAACGUCGUCAGCGCGCCGAUUUGCGCCCACACGAUAGAUCUUAACAUGGACCUUCCACUGUGGUACGCCGGCGCGAAUAUCGAGGACAAACCUGAGGACGACGACAUGGAUGCGUACCAGGAGUCCAUCGUCAUCAGCAUCGUGCAUUCAUUCCGCGCGGCACUGCAAAUGGGCGCUCACAUCGACGACGAUUUCAUCUCCUACGAGCGUCUAUGUCGGGUGGCUGACUGCUUAAGGUUGUUGCUGGCGGCGUCCAUGUGGAUUAUGCGCAUGGCGGGAGACGAUCCGCGCAGUCACUACGAAGCAUUUUACUUCGCGGAUCUCGUCGCCAGGCCGACACUAAUCGCCUCCAUGCAUCGGUCCUUCGAUCAUCGACGAUCCGUCGUCCGCGCCACGAACGUCGUCACGGAGAGGCUUGGGAAGGCAAAAGCCACGCUCAGAGUGUACCCCGACUACAUCCCUGAUUGGGCACCAUGCGGCAUCGGAUUUGCACACGACGCGACCAUCAAGGGGCCGGAGGAUGCGAAGACGCUGGAUUGGUUGGGUUCGGGCCCCGCCGAUGAUGACAUCAAAGGCAAAGGAAAAGACGACGCAUAAGGCGGGCUGUGUCCUUGUCUGCGUUGCACUUGUUCUUGUUCUUCGUAUUGGCUUCACGACAUGCAAUAGACAUGCGUUGAUCACGGAUUGAGAGAAUGCAUGACGGGAUGGUACAGAAGCAUGUUGCACAUGUCAUCCCACCACAACAGCACACGAAACCGAUCAUGGAAACUGAAAUGAAGAUAUGCACCAAAAAACGAUAAAGAUAAACAACAUUUCCACAG